AUGAAUUCUGCUACUCCUUCAAACGAAACCGACAAAAACCACUCCGAGACAAAAACUACUGUUUCUAUGCCGGCUACUGAAACUCAAAUGACAGAAGAAGAAUUAAUGUUCUACUUCCAUUUGUCCAAGUACGAGGAUGUUAAAGAAAAACCAACUGCAUUGUCCGACGAGGAAGCAUUCGACCUUUGGACGGAAACAAAUAAGGCGCAUAUCAGAUACAGCUCUUCGGCGAAACAAGAAUGGAAGAACCAUAUCUUUAUGUACAAUUUCUUUCAAAGAAGAGGAAGUCAGAACAGAGCCAGCAGAUAUCUCCAAAAAAUUGAGAGCUCAAAAAGCGAGAAAAUCAGAGCUAAAGUCUCGAAGAUUCGCAAGCUCAACUUGGAUUAUGUAUCGCUCCCUGUCGAGAGAAUCAAUCCGGAUGACGUCAAGCGACGAAGAACUCUUGAGAGAAAGGCCAAGGCUGAAUCGUCAGCCGACAAACUCAACGCUGAGAGAAUUCUGAAAAGUAUCAUCUUCGGACGAAUCUAA